GACGCUGAUUGGCCGCGCCCGCCAAGCUUUGCAUCUUCGACCGACAGCUACCGACAGCGGCCAGCAGUGGCCAUCGCCAACAUCCUCGAAGCUCUCGCAACACGUCCCACACCCACAAUGGCCUCGAAGCUGACUCCUUUCCUCUGGCGCAGCGGCUCUCGUGCCCUGCGGCCAAUCCAGCGGACUCAAUGGCGUUCCUUCGCCGUCACGUCGCCUGCCCGCAGCGACUCUCUCAACGUGCACCGCAACACCCCCGAAAACAACCCCUCGAUCCCCUUCAAGUUCACGCCCCAGAAUGAGGAGCUCAUCAAGGAGGUCCUCUCCCGGUAUCCAUCGCAAUACAAGAAGGCCGCCGUGAUGCCGCUUCUCGACCUUGGACAACGCCAGCAUGGUUUCACCAGCAUCAGCGUCAUGAACGAAGUCGCCCGGUUACUUGAGAUGCCCCCGAUGCGUGUCUACGAAGUCGCGACCUUCUAUACAAUGUACAAUCGUAACCCUGUUGGCAAAUACCACGUCCAGGUCUGCACAACGACUCCCUGCAUGCUGCGCAACAGUGACGCUGUCAUGAAGGCUUGUGAAGACACGCUCGGCAUCCAUCACGGACAGACUACCAAAGACGGCCUCUUCACCAUGACUGAGGUUGAAUGUCUUGGUGCUUGUGCCAACGCACCCAUGGUGCAGAUCAACGACGAUUUCUACGAGGACCUCACCUAUGAGACAACCGCUUCGCUACUCAAUGCUUUGAAGCAUGCUUCAGAAGCCACUGGAGCUCAACCGGGGGCUACUGGUCUUGCUGGCAAGGCCGGGGAGGGAGCCGCCACCGGUGACAACAAGGCCGUCAACGAGCAGGGACGGUCGUACGCAGCAAACGGCGUCAAGGUGCCCACACCGGGUCCUUUGAGCGGAAGGAAGAGCUGUGAGCCGGCUGGUGGUUUAACUUCGCUUACGAGUGAACCGUGGGGUAAUGAAACGUUGAGGAAGGACGGUGAACUAUAGGCUUGUAUAUAUGUAUGUCUCCUUUUUUCAAUCUGUACGCAUUUGGUCUAAAAUUCGACCGCAGUAUUCUGUAGAACAAGCAUGUAAAUGUUCCCAACAACGUUGCUAUUGCUGCCUUCUGUGCAUUGGUCUAUGUAUGAAGGUAUCUUGUCCGACUACCCGGAUAGACAAAGACGCACGUAUCUAUCAUCAUUGUACCCACCCACCUACCUACCCCCUUGUCUACUUACUCACCCACCACCUGGCACCUACCAUCAUCUGACUAUAGUCUAUAGCGCACUAAUCUCGUCU